AUGGCUACAACGAAAACAAACAUUAAACAACAUCUAGAAUGGUUUUUUCGUGAGAAGCCCCAGAAAAUAAGCCCAAAUACAUCUUCCUUACCGACAUUGACUUUCGAUACUUUCAACACGAACGUACCGGUUAUUCCAAAGGCCCCAGCUACCAAGGCAGAAGCAUCUAUUAGUGAUCCAGAGACUUCUUUCUUUGAUGAUUUUGAUGACUCACAUGCAAUUGAUUUGACUUGUGAUGUGGUUGAAAAUGAAUCGUCAAAGAAACGAGCAUAUCCAGAGGCAAUAAGAAGCCCUGCUGCUCCUAAGAAACGAUUGAGUGAAAUUGGAACGGUUGAUGCGGGAUUGAACUCGAAAACCGUUUCUCACAUGGACUCUGAUGCGGAGGAGUUUGAUGACAUUGACGAGGAUUUCUUGCGUGCAGCAGAACAGGAGAUGUCGUUUUUAGAUAAAAGUGAACCAUUAGCAAAAGAGCACGUCUUUUUACCGCCCAAAAACAUGCAGCAGCGGGGCGAUGGGAGUCUUUUGCAUGAACAUGAGAAUUAUUUAGCUAAAGCAAACCCUCCUCGGCGCACAGUAGGUGAUGUUUCUUUGCCCUCUAAUGCGAAAACAUCUACUAUAUCCACAAAUAACGACAGCAAUUUCUCGGGCUGGUCUCUGCAACAACUUCAUCAGUACUUGGAAGUAUUGCGAGAUGAAAAAAGCGAACUUUCAGACCGAAUAAUUGAGCAAAUGGAGCGUGAUCCUGGCUCUUCUAAGGUACAAGUGUGGAUUGCUAAACGAGCCGUCAUGUCUGAAAAGAUUACUGCUGUCAAGCGAGCUCUUGGAAGUAAUUCUGCCAAUAAUUCACAGGUCGUAUCACCAACGCUAUUUGAUGAAGCACAUCAGAUACAAAGUAUUACCUCUUCUGUUGCUGUACCAGACCAUUUCCCUGUUAGAGAAUUGACGAAUUCACCGUCUACAACGCUCGCUUCACGUUUCCCCCCCACAAAUUACAAUGAAAGGGAGACAAUCGCUGCUACUCCCGCUCAAGCUAAUACCCUGCCCGUAAAAGAAAACGUAUCUUUUCCUGAAGUUGAGGAGUUUGAUGAUAUAGACUUUGACUCAAAUUUCCCUUCGUCAACACAUGACCAUAUCGAGGAUGUCACGCCGCCUGAUCUUGGAGAUGUGAUACUUAUUGAUGAUGAUGAUGACGACGAUAGUUCCGUCGAUGUACCAUUAGCACAGCAAACGAGCAUUAACAAUUCGCUACAAAACUUGCCUCCAGCUAAUUCUCAUAUGGCAACAGCCAAUGCUGCUUCUUCUGCACACGAUUCUGGGACUAAGGAUGGUGAUGUAGCGCAUAACGUUAUUAUUCCGUCUCCUAAUGAUCCACAAAUGUCAUAUCCUUGGUCCCGAGAACUCAUGCACACCUUACGGACCAAGUUCCAGUUGAAAGGCUUCCGGAAGAAUCAAAUAGAGGCCAUUAACGGCACUCUUGCAGGUAAAGACGUGUUCGUCUUGAUGCCAACUGGCGGAGGUAAGUCAUUGUGCUACCAGUUACCAGCCGUUAUGGAAACCGGUAAUUCUCGUGGCGUAACUCUUGUCAUCUCUCCACUGCUAUCUUUAAUGCAAGAUCAACUUGAGCAUUUGAGAAAGCUUAAUAUUCCUGCUCUACCUCUCAGUGGCGAACAACCAUCGGAUGAGAGAAAGCAAGUGAUAUCGUUUCUUAUGGCUAAGAAGGUUCAAGUUAAAUUAUUAUACGUAACCCCAGAAGGUCUGGCUAGCAAUGGUGCUAUUUCCCGUGUUCUCGAAAGCUUAUAUACUCGAAAGCUCCUUGCCCGGAUCGUCAUUGAUGAGGCACACUGUGUGAGUCAUUGGGGACACGACUUUCGGCCUGACUAUAAGCAAUUGGGUAUACUUCGUGACAAGUACAGAGGUGUUCCGGUGAUGGCGCUUACAGCCACAGCAAAUGAAAUCGUCAAAAAGGAUGUGAUCACCACAUUACGAAUGGAGAACUGUAUCGAGAUGAAAUCGAGUUUCAAUAGACCAAACCUUUACUACGAAAUAAAGCCCAAAAAGGAUGUGUUUGCUGAAAUGCACCGUUUCAUCAGUAACGGCCGUCUUGAUCAAUCCGGAAUCAUUUACUGUUUGUCUCGUACAUCCUGUGAACAAGUUGCUGCAAAACUUCGGAAUGAGUACGGAUUAAAAGCUUGGCAUUACCAUGCUGGUUUAGAUAAAGCCGAACGUCAACGCAUCCAAAGUUCUUGGCAAGCCGGUAUAUACAAAGUCAUCGUCGCAACCAUUGCCUUUGGUAUGGGUGUUGAUAAAGGUGAUGUACGCUACGUUAUUCACCAUAGUUUCCCUAAGUCUUUGGAAGGUUAUUAUCAAGAAACUGGACGCGCUGGUCGCGAUGGUAAACCCGCUCAUUGUAUUAUGUUUUACAGUUACAAAGACAGUAUUACUUUUCAGAAACUUAUUACAAGUGGUGAAGGUGAUGCUGAGACCAAGGAACGUCAACGUCAAAUGCUUCGGCAGGUCAUCCAAUUUUGUGAAAACAAGUCAGAUUGCCGAAGAAAACAGAUACUUUCUUAUUUCGGUGAGAGUUUUGACAAAGCCCUUUGUAACAGAGGUUGCGACAUAUGUUGCGAGGGAGCCACUUAUGUCAAAAAAGAUAUGUCUUCUUACGCCAUCAAAGCAAUUGGUUUACUUAAAAGAAUAUCUGGAAAAACUACGUUACUCCAGCUCAUGGAUAUCUUCCGUGGCAGUCGAAGUGCACGAAUUGUUGAGAACGGAUGGGAUCGUAUUGAGGGUGCCGGUGAUGGUAAAACCCUAAAUCGGGGUGAUACAGAACGUCUUUUCCAUCAACUCGUCGCUGAAGGUGUUUUUAUGGAACGUGUGGAAGCGAACAGACGUGGCUUCGUAUCCGCGUAUGUUAUCCCUGGGAGACAGGCUACUGUUAAUGCUGUGUUACAAGGGAGACAGAAAGUAAUUCUUGAAAUCAAAGAAACUUCGACGUCGAACUCUGCCCCUGCUCGCACAUUGACCAGAUCAAAUUCGUUUCCAUUACGGCCUCUACAGAGACAGGUUGUGGAAAAACAAUCGACCAUGUCAACUUUUGUUCACACUGCCGAUGAAAUCUAUGACUCUCAACUGCCUACAACUGCACCUCCCAUGCAGCCUCCAUCCCGCAUUAAUCUCGACCAGUUGUCAAUGCAGCAAAAUAUGACAGCUUACGAAAUUGAUGUUAUGAACCGUUGUUUAGCUGAGCUUAAACAGCUGAGGAGCAACUUGAUGGCAUUAAACGAUGUACGUGUAAGCUAUUACUUUACGGAUACCAUGCUUGUCGAUAUGGCCAUGAAAUUACCUCGAAAUAUUUCUGAGCUUACAAACAUACACGGUAUUCAGCGUGACCGUGCUGAACGUGUUGGUCCACAGUUCUUAAAGGUCAUUGAAAAGUAUAUCGCAGAGAAGGAGGAAAAUCUUGCGGAUACAGAGUUUUCAUCAAGUCGACAGGGGACCGUUGUCGAGGCGUACGAUGUGGACGCUGAUGAUAUACCCAGAGACGGUUGGCAGCACGAUAUUGCGUCAGACAGUGAAAGCCUUUACCAACCCUCCAGCUCUUUAGAAGAGGAUGAUGGCGAACGCCAGAGCAUAUUGAAUUUUAUGAAUUCACAAACACUCGUUAAGCCAUCAUCGUCAAGUAAGCGAUCUACGAGAACUUCUACUCGAGGCAGAGGCGUACGGAAAACUACGUCUCGUUCUACUCGUGGACGAUCUCGAGGUUCUGGUUCAUCAGCACAUUGGCGAGAACGAUCUUCUUCGUCACGAAAGGCCUCAACAGGCAUACGUGCAAUGGUGAAAUCAAAUUAUUAA